GCAUGUUGAGCAGUGCUCAAGCACGCAGAGGGACAACGCACACCUGACAGUUCCUCAGUCCCUCACGAGUGGUCGAGAAAGACGAACGUGCCGCUAUAGAUACAAAAUGCUGACUACGCGUCUGCUUAAUUCCUUUUUCCUGCAGUUCCUAACAAUCUUCAAUCUGUUACCCUACUGGAUCUAGUUACUCCCUACGUAUGUAUAUACAGUGCGCGAGCUGUCAAGGUUAAGAAAAAGCGGUGAGACUAAGAAAAUUUGUUUGCCGGCGAAAAGUGACGUGUGAUACAACAUAACCUACAAGGAUAACGUGUAAUUCUCUCUAUUUGGUUAUAUAUAUUUUUGUACCUUGUGAGUCAGUCUGUGCAUACGUGGGUACCUUUAACCUUCCGUAAUACGAACGUUGAUAAUCCACUGUCAAGCACGACGACGAUGACCAUUGACGUCACAGUAUCUUCUUGCGUGACGCGGAACGUGUUGGCAUGAUGCGCGCGCGAUAUUUUCACAGCGUCGUGUUAGUAGCCCGUGAGAAUCGCCGCAUCGUUCCUCGAAUGCGGAUUACAGUACUCCUGGUGUUAUGACUACAGAUAGCGUCGUUGCCUUGAGCAUCCGGAAGCCUCAGAUCGCAUGUUUAACGCGGGUUACGAGACUUGGUUGUCGCAUUUCGACAGCGUCUUGUCUACCGUCAAGACCUCGAAUCACGGAGUCCUGAGAUUUCGGCUGCUGCUCCGUCGACUCGCGGCACUUCGGGAAUACUCGAGAGGCUCUCAGGAGUUCACGUCGCGGAUGGAUGGACUAUUUCGUUCUUAAGUGAUCGUUCGGUGGUGUCACUUCACUCGACAGUGAAUCUACGAGACGAGUGCCAGUACUGUUCGUUGACCACGUGAAACGUCUCGCGCCUAAAUUCAAACCUGCUAACCGUUUUCUUUCAAUGCGAUCUGUUGUGUACUGCGAAGUGUUGAAUUAAUGUUUCGUUUUUUUUUUUUUAAAAAGUGAUUGUCGAAAACUUUCGUUUGCGUCUAUUAGACCUUGUUAAUCGUAUCGGAGAUUCGUGCCGGCUUGGAUUACAGUUACGACUGUACGAAUCACACAUGGCCAAGUCCAUACAGUGUAAAGCACUCGAGGAAACGUAACGUGACGCGAUACGGAUAAAGUACCAGGACGAUACGCAAUAGAGUGGAACGAGCGAGUGAGGGCUCUUUCAUUUUCUCGUUAAUACUCGAACGGCAAUAUAUCGAUCGAUUAUCGUGGCUCGGAUCGAUAUCUAAGAGCGUUUCACGCGGUGUCCCCGUUAUUUCGAUCGCAGGAAAAAACGGGUAAAUAUUGACUGUAUUAUUUCUUAAUUCGCGAUUACACGCUUCGAUUCCGCGUGGUAUUGAUUCACGAGUGUUUAAAGGAUGAAACGCGGCAAGAAUUCAUAGCGAUCCCGAAGACGACAUCUUCAUCGAGAAAAUCAUAUCGGAGAGUCGAAAUUUCGUCGUGCAUCACGACGUCGGUUCUUCGUGGUUGCGCCGCGUGAAUAUACGCGGGCAUUUACAAACGUGUAUACGCCUGCCCUUGAUAUACGUAUAUUAUCAGUGUCUUCUAUUAACGUGCGUGAGUGACGGUCACGCAUGUGCAGUGUAACGUAUAGAAAGGAUCGUCAGUCCCCUACUUGGUCCAAAGGAGUGUAUAGCAUAUCAGGGAUCCAUUGGAGGUUAGGAUUAAGUAAUAUAGGGCGGAGAGUGAACGUGUGUGAUCUUGAUAAUAAUAAAGGGACGUAACAAGAAGAGUAAAUAGUUGUAGAAUACCGCGAGUGAUAUGGUGCGUACGUAUAUAUAAUAUAUAUUUUUUAAAUAAAUUUUCCUAAAAGGUUACCGUGUGGUGGCGGUGUUGCGUCGUGACGCUCCCGCGAGACAUUGCGAGAUAUUUUGAAGAGAAUUUUAAAGAAAAGAAGAAAGACCACAGUGCCGAUACAUACCUAUAGAAAUAAUAUUUCAUGGGAUUGCGUAUGCUAUCUCUUAUUAUACAUUUUCGUAUAUACGAUAUAUGUAUCAUAUAUUUUUGGAUUUCCUGUUGAAAUACGAACGCGACAUGAUUUUGGCGGGUUAUUAUCAGCCGGCUGGACCACUGAUACAGCAUCCUCCUACAUUACCUCCGGUGAAAGGACCCCCACCGGAACCAACCCCGACGCCGCCUCAAAAUUCCGAAGGUUCCGAUGACCUAGUUGCAACUUCCACGACGUCCGGAGGAACCAGUAGCUCAGGGAACGGCGGUUUCUACAGAUCGUACUGUCCACAAUAUUAUGGCACGCCUCCGCAGUAUCAGGAACUGUGCUAUCCACCGACGUACUCCCAUCCCCAUCCGCAUCCGCCUCCGUACUACAAGUACGCACCGACGUACAGAAGAACCCUGUUUCUUCCUAGGCAGUACUAUGGAUACCAGGAAUCCGGCGGAGCGGGUGGACCCGGUGGAGGAGGCGCCGUCGGGGGUCCCGGCGUUGUGGAGUAUCAGCCACCACCUCCGUCAGCUGAAUAUCCGCCACCCCCGUAUUACGGUGGUUACCCACCGCCGCCGCCGCCACCGCCGCCUCCAAAUCCAGCAUAUCUGCACACUCAGGGGAGACCGUUCGUAGACCAUGCAGCUUUCCAAGGUUGCCCAUGCCCGAUGCAGUCAUGUCCAAAAAACGUGGAUACUGGGCCCCUUAUUGGUAAUGGUAAGGGAGCGCCAGUGGUAUCAGGGCCCGGUCUGUCAUUGCCACCCAGUGCUUUGGUAGGGCCGCCCUCACCAGCUAGGGGGCUAGCUGGGCUAGCUCCUCCACAUGGUGCCAAUGCCUGGGAUACGGAUCGCGUCCAAAUCAACACUCACCGCAACCUCAAUCAGAACCAACCUCCGCUAGCGCCUACGCAUAGCUUGCCUGGUGGGCCGCAUGUUCAUCCACAGAAUUUGGACUGCAGGACCAAGGACGAGAAGACUUGUCAGGACGAUAAGCUGAGGAAGUGUAGUUGUCAGAAACAUGCGUGCACUUCGACCUGCGAGGUCAAAAUGGAAACUCUGUCGCCGACUGAUAAGUUGACCGUGACCACGUGCCCGACCUCGAAACUUCGUAAUUUCAAACUUGAGAAUAAUAACGUUAAGUGCGAAUCCUGCAGUGUGGCUUCCGUCGGGGAGAAUCUACCUUGUGCAGCAAACUGUGAGGUGAAAUGCGAAUCGGGAUACAAGUGUGAGAUUAUCAAGUGCGAACAGUGCAUGAAAGAGGGACAGAUGACUAUAUUAGAGAUCGACAAGGACUCGGGAAUUCUCAUGAUCGACGACAAGCUCGAGACUGAACCUGACGUCAAGGAGGAGAUGAACGACGUCGUCGUUAUUGAAAAUGAGAACUGGAAGAAGCCGGAUUACGAGUCUACGGUGCAGGAAACUGUCGAGGAUAAGGAAACCAGUGACGUCAGCACACUGGUACCGGAGGAGCAGGAGCAGCCUAGGUGUCAAAAAGUGACCAAGAGGAAACUAUCCUUGGACAGUUUGUCGGAUAAUAUAAAGAAACGAAAGGUGAAUAAAAGGACAUUGUCAGUGGGUUCGGCGAGAGAUUUAAAUUGUAGCGAUCCAACCUCGAGGUUGACCAUUCCUACGGAAAGUCUUGUGGAGGCUGUGGAACGCGUUGGCGAGCCUUGUACCACCAAGAAGAAGCAGACCAAGAAGGAAGUUCCGAAUCAGAAACGCAAGACUGAAGGUUCCAGUCCUUGCGAGACACCAGCCAAGAAACCUAAGAGUUCGAAGCAGACGGUCGGCGUUGGCUGUAUCUCGAAUUGCCUGAAGAAUCCUGCAAGCGAAACCUCCAUUAUGGAGACGAUUAACAACGUGAUCCAGCAGAGUCUGCAGAUGACGCAGAGGAAGGAUCGGAAAAUUAAAAGUGACGAGCGAAUCGACAAGAAGAAGAGCGUCAAUUUAAUCUCCGCCACGUUAAAGAAGGUCACCAAGAAGAUGGAUCAGGUUAAGGCGGCGGUGUCGGAGAAACUAAACUUCGCCAAGUGCGAGACGAAGUUCGUUCAGCCGAAGAGCAGCAAGGUCGACGCCAAGUCGAAGACUAAGACGCAGGAUGCCAAAUCUAAGACUAAAGUUAAAGCAAAAAUUGUAGAGGUCAAAUGCAAGGUUUUGGAUUCGAAAUCCAAAGUUCAGGAUCUCAAGUCCAAGGAUACACCUAAGAGGCACGAGAUCCAGAUCUCCAAGCCUAAGGUCUCUGAGAUAUUCGAGGAAUCUAAAAAGGCCUGCCUGGUGAAGAAGAGGCGUAAGAGUACAAAAAAGACGAGUAAGACGAGUAAGAAAUCCUGCAAAAUGGAGGACAGUUUACCGGCCGAGGAGAACCUGUCGCUUAUAAGGAAACCCUAUUUGAAACCCAAAUGGAGUAACGGCUGGAGCUGGGAAGGCGAGUCGUACGAGGCUAAAGUUUACCUAACAAACGAGGAGUCGGCCAUUAGACGAUGCUACACGAUUAUGAAGCACGAGAGUGGCGACGUAUUACGACCUCGAGAUUGCGUCCUCCUCAAAAGUGGUCCAAGAAAAGCGGAUUUACCGUUUGUUGCGAAAAUCGCUGCUCUCUGGGAAAAUCCAGACGACGGUGAGAUGAUGUUCUCCUUACUCUGGUACUACAGACCGGAACACACGGAACAAGGACGCACGGAAUACGACACAGAGGAUGAGGUCUUUGCUUCUCGCCAUAGAGAUGCCAAUAGUGUUGCCUGUAUAGAGGAUAAAUGUUACAUUCUCACCUUUAACGAGUACUGCCGGUACCGCAAAAAUUUAAGAAGAAUCGAGGAAGGCCUUGAAAGUCCUGGCUUGAUAGUUCCACGUGGCGAUCAAGUUUAUCCCAGGGAGCAUAGACAGCCUCCAAUUCCAGUACCUUCCGAUAUGGUACUCUUCUGCCGUCGCGUGUACGAUUAUCGCGGUAAAAAGCUCGUGAAGAAUCCCGGAUGACUCGACUUCCUCUAAGACACUUCGAGAUAGGAACCAAUGGAAAUGCACAAAACUUUGCGGAACCAUGUUUAAACUGCGCGCAGAUCUCUCUUCGGUCGGUAGGGGGGCAAGAAUAAAAUGGACGUCAUCAAAUCAUCAACGAUUCGUCGCGAUUUCGUCGAAAUCUCAAGGACACAAACGACCACAUUCAUUCCAUUGGGAUGUAAAUUCAUCCUGAUAAUAAUCAGUGCAACAACGUUCACGUUGCUUCCGAAGAGAAGAAGAAACAAACCGAAAAAUUACCAAGCCGCCGGAAAUCGCGAGGAAUCGGCCGCGACGCUCUAUCAACGUCUAAGAAGUUGCACGGAGGUAGGCGUCGGCGUCGAGACGGCAAUCGUAACAUUAAAUCGACGCCAUCAUCGUCUCGUCUGUGUAAGGUUCGCAGGAGAAUUUCUUUCCUCGCUAAUUUUUCCAAAGAUAGUAAUUUUCUAAAAGGUACUUUAAAAAAAAUUGUAAUAAUAAUAUUAAUAAUAAUAAUACACGGCGAACGACGAUGGCUACGGUUAACAUGAAAAACCGUACAGAUUGUCAUCGCGUCGAUGGCGACUGGCUUAAAUAAUAAAUUUAAAGCCGCCACGUUCUCCAUCCCGUCGUCGAAAAAUUCUCAUAUGACGACCGUCACGGCUUCCACUACGCGCAGAGACGAUUUUUCUAGCGAGUUCGGUGGAUUUCCUUAAUUUUAUAGAGAAGAACGUAAAAGAGAGCGAGAAAGAGAGUAACGAUAUUUUUUUGCGAGAUAGCGUUUACAAGUUUAAAGUGAAAAUAUUUUUCACAUAGCAAAAACAGGAGCAUGCGUUGUUGAGGAGACCUUGGAGCAGUUUCAAAUAGGAUUGUCAAGGCGCAGUCAUACGAGAUGACAGAAGAGCAUAUUUUCUUUAUUUUUAUUUUUUCAAUAGAAACAAUAAUCUCGCCAUGGUAAUUUGACCAGAAAUAGGAAGACAUCUGUCACUCGACUAAUUCUUAUGGUCAGUUCAAGAAUUUUGCUUGAACUGUUGAGUCAAGCAAUAGUAAUCCUCGUUGAAUCAGUAUCCGAAGCGCCUCAUUACAUAACUGUGCGAUCCACCUCCUAUGGCCGUGUCAACGAAACUGAAGAGAAAUUAUUUGCGAUCAUUGCGAUGCCUCCGAAUGAAAAGAUAGAAAAAAAUAACAUCAAACUAUUCCGCGGUACGUUCUGUGCCAAUGAUCGUUAAGACUUAAUUUCUCUUACGUUAUCGCCAUUUACUUUCUUGUUUCUCUGUCGUUUCGUUCAUAGAAACUGAUCCCAUAGGCCAUUGCGACCAUGUCGAAAAAAAAGACCACUCUGUACAUUUUAGCGUCUCUACGUGCUUACCGGUAAUUAUGUAAUUUUCAGAUAACGUUCUGCUGAAUCUUACAGUUAAGCCGGCAAAGCACAUCGGCCACUUUGCGUAUACAUUUAUAUUUUUCUUGAUUCUUCUUUUUUUCUCUCUUCAAAUCGGUAUACUUUCAAUUUUUAUUAUAUUUAACCCACGAGGGGUUCAGCGUAAAUCAUGAGUUCAGUUAUUGAUGUACUUCGAGGACCGACGGUAGAACGAAUGUAAUUCCGCACACGUGGGGAAGAACGUUGUUUUUUAUCAUUUACAUUGUUGAAUGGCGGGGUGUUUUGUUAGAUAUAUUAUAUAAAAUUAAUAUAUUGAUUAUAUUAUUUCUAUUAUUAUAUUAUGAUUGCUAUUAUUAUUAUUAUUUAAUAUCUAAUAUAUUGGACGUAGUCUAUAAGUUAUUUCCGAUCGUCUAUGUGUGCAUGAGAGAGAGAGAGAUAAAAGUACGAAGAGCGAAUGAAUUAAUGAACGAAUGACAGAAUUCCUACGAAUGAAGAGACUGUCCGAGAGUCAAGAGUCCGAGAGGAGGACUAGAGAGAAAAGAAAAAAAGAAGAAUUUAAAAGCACUAAAUAGAAAAUGAUGAGAAACGAACAUAUGAAAUAAGUUCGAAAGAAAUCGUCAAUACCAAAAGUUUUCUUUCACUUUGAAAAUCUUUUUAUCGCGAUUUAAUAUAUUUUAUAAUUAAUUUAUUAAUUUAUCAUUAUAACUUAAUUAGGUAAAAUCCGAUAACGGAGUCGCGGUAGUAUUACGAAUGGCGCGUGUAUCGAUUUCCUGGUGGACGUUGACGUGUCCACGUCCACUUCAUAGAGUCUCAGUAACACUAUACGUUUCGUCUGUGGUUUUAAAAUUGUCUGAAAGUUUUAAUGGCUUCUUAUUUUUUAUUUUCCUUAUUCCAAUAACAAUCGAGGUAGCACUCAAGUAUCGAAACUCAAAAAAAUCAUUCCCUACCCAUCAUAAAUGUCCUCGAGAAAGCUGAUCCUCGCACGACGACAUCCCGACGUUCACCAGGAGGCGGAGUUUCCGUUAUUCAUAAUUUUAUAUUUCUUUUUUAACGUAUAAGAAACAAAAUGGGACAAUGUAGUUUUUUAUAAAGAUUCGUCAAAAAGAACGGAGACACCUAAUGGGGGCGACCGUGGGGCUAUACGACCGAUCCGUACAGUGUGGCCCAAAAAGAACGAACUUCAGGAUCCACGUAGACGAGUAUCUGGAUCACGCGAUCUCACGUGACAUCGAAAAAGUGGAGAUGCGAAUAUUCCUAGAAAAUAAAAAAAAUAUAUAUAUAUAUAUUUAAAAAAAAAACGGUUAACAUGGGAACAUUGCACAAAAUUGCAUAUCCUCCGUUCAUUGUACAUAGUCGAUGGAUUUUCUCUCUCAUAGAAGGAAAGAGAAGAAAAGAGAAAGACGAUAAGGAACAAGAAGAAAUCUGUAUCUGGUAUCCGUAACAUCUGAUACGUCAACAUUAAAACUGUAAAAGCGCUCGGUCGUGCGGAUUCCGCGACAGGCAGCGCUGCGUCAGUUUCAGUCAAAAAAGAAAAAAAAA